UACACUCAGUAGUCGACAAGCUCUCAACGGAAACGGUUAUUCCUCGUUAUAAGUGAUAUUGUGAUACCGUUGCGCAUAUAAAGAAGUGCAACUUUAAAGCAUUUCGACUUGGUCGCGUAUUCGCGAAUUCUUAAUAACGACAACGAGAAGAAAAUCAAGAAUAUCAAUAUAAUUUCAUCUGGAGCAAUGUGGCCCUAAGAUGAGGCGCAGCAAGCACGGGGAGUCAAGGACACGGCUUUAUGGACUCGUCAACCUGACGUCACUGCUUCUGGCCUGGUCCCAGUUGCAGUUGCAGGUGCAGGCUCAGUCUUCAGCUCCAUCAGUUACUGAGCAGGAUCUCAAUGAUUUGGUGAAACUGAAUGUGGUUAGUGGACGCUAUUCUCUCAGCUUUAGCAUUGAUGAUGAGGACAAGGAUAAAUAUACCAUAGAAAACAUAACGUGUAAAACAGGAAGCGAACCCACAGUUGUUGCUAAGGAUAGAGUCUGUGAGGGUCUCGAUCCCUGCUCUUCUUACACAAACGAAAUAACACUGAAAGCGGUUGAUGUCGAAGAAGCCACGUCCUUUACUCAAUCCUUAUUAGUUUACACGGAUUACUCGGACCCACAGACGACUUUACUUUCGGUUAACGCAACGGAUACGGCUAUUGAAGUUAGCUGGGAGACCACCGAUCGUGCCUGUGUUAAGGCUUUCGAAAUCAUUGCAGUUGCAACCGAUAACACGCAGUCUACACAACGGCUAAGUGAUGAGAGCUCCUACAUAUUUGACAAAAUAUGGCCGUGUCGCACAUACAAUGUCACCAUUUACACUAAGAAUAAUGAGACUCUAACAGUCGAUACUGAUACUCAGUUGGUGGAUACGGGCUAUCUUGAGCCCGGAGAUCUCACUUUGAGCAUUAGUAAUCGCUCCAAUGGAGACACGCGCAUCACUUGGUCCGAGCCAGACAACAAGAGCUGUAUUGGUAACUACACCUUCGUAUGGCGGCGCUUAGAUUGCGUACCCGAAGAGGACACCACCUCGACAACCACUGAAACUACUACGACGGGAGCAACAGAUGUUCCCGAGAUAGAGGAAUUUAGCGAACGAUAUAAUACACGAAGUGUUUGCGAGUGGAACGAUUUCUCCAAUGACACCACACUGAAGGAGUAUACACUGAGUGAUCUUCACGGGUGCGAAAAAUAUUCCAUCGAGGUCUACAUCAAUGCAGAGCGACAUACUAGAGCAAAAGGCGAAGAGACCUUUUCAUCCGCCGAAAAACUGCCCAGUGCUGUGUCGAAUCCCUAUCAAAUUGUCAAUGCUACUGAGCUCCAAUGGCUUUGGUAUCCGCCCGCGGUUAAUCCCAAGUGUGCUGCCAAUUAUAGGGUAAAUCUAACUGGACCGAUUCGGCUAACGGAAUAUGAAAGUGACGAGCAGUUGACUAGCGACACAUGGGUGUACUUUACGAAACUGCAUCCUUGCGGCGUCUACAACGUCGAGAUAGUGCCUAUCUCAUUAAACGGAAGUGCAGGAACUAAGUUCCAGGGACAAAGCACGUUGAGCGAGGAUCAACCCUCGCAGAUACUGGAACCCACAAGUAUCCUGAAAAACUUCUCUAUUGAGCUGAGCUGGAAGACACCAGAGUACGCGGAUCUCUGCAUUGAUGGCUAUCGCAUCACCGGCUGGAUGGACGAUAAUAAAGUAGUUGAGGCUUUGAGCGUGAGCACCCAAGAUACUACGGUGCUGUUCGAAAAGGAUUUGAUUGCCUGUCAGGCAUACACCAUUCAGAUAAUACCAUACACGCGGGAGAAUCUCGAUGGGGAGUUGCGUCAAAUUGAUGUCGAGACAGCAGCAGCUGUCGUAAACUCCAAAAAGAUCAGCCUGCAGUUGGCGGGCAGCGGAGCUACAUCGCACGGAAUGGAGUUAAAUGCCAACAAUAUGGACUACGAUAACAAUUGCCAAACAUUCUUUGCGAACUUUAGUUGUAUAACCAGGGAAUCGGUGGUGUACACCUACGCCGAGAAGUAUGUUGAGAGUCAUCGCGAGGGCAGGGGAUUCCAGACUGUCGUCGAACCUCUCUCACCGUAUACAUCUUACACAUGCAGUGUGCAGCUCUACAAUAUUGCCGGUGCCUCAGAUGCUGUUUUGGAAGCAAACACUAAAACUUCCAUUUACUUUCCCGACCAGCCUGAGAACGUAACGCUACAUGCUGCAACCAGUAACACCUUGUCUUUAACCUGGCACCCGCCCAAGUAUCUAAAUGGACAAAUCAAGUAUUAUCAGACGUUCCUCAUGCGCUACGAGGCUGAUUAUUUUGUACCCAAUGUGUGCGACGCGGUCAUCGAAGCGUCUAAAACCGAUAACAAAGGAGAUGAGACUGCGUCCGUCUUCAAGGAUUUAUCACCAGCGGUCAAAUACAUAAUCCAGAUAGCUGCUCAGAAUGAUUUCGGAUUGGGUCAGUAUACGGCGCCAUUUCUUGUCGUGACUAAACCUGAUGUUCCGGGACCAGUUACCGACGUGAAUGUGACACUACAGGGUCCAUCGCCAGACCCUGAUGUCUAUAGCGCAAAUGUAACUAUUUACUGGACCAUUCCCUGUAAAUCGAAUGGGGACAUCGAGUGGUUCGAAUUGUCGUUUACAGGUACACCGGCAGGUGAAGAAUCUAUUACGUUUAAGCGUCUUGUAGAGCCCGAUACCACCAACAAGGCUGGGCGCAUGUCCUACACUGAAACAGACCUCCAGCCAGAGGUCAAUUACUCUGUCAACAUUUCGGUUAAGACGCGAGGCGUCGACACAACCAGCACAGGCGCACAAAAGGAUUGGACAUCACCCUCGGGUUUGCCCUCUAACUUGGGUGAGGACUUGGUUAAAAAUAUGCGUGUUAAUCCCUAUGAUACCAAUCAUCCCACUACUUCGGCUAUUGUGACUCUGCCCGCCAAUAUUCUGACUUCAGAAUCGGGCAAUAUUAUAUACAUUGCUCUACUGCUAUCACAAAAAAAUUGCGCUGGCGAACCAGAGCUCAAAUACGAUGUGCUAGGUACUGACGAUUGGCCAUCGAUUUUGUCGUGGGAGCAGGUUGGAGGCGAUUGUAUUUAUCAGUAUCAAACAACACCAGAGCGCUGGAAUCCCAGGAGCGGACGAGACACCUCUGACGAGUCAAUCACAUUUACCAUUGGCACCGACAAGUGUCCCGAUGAGUCGAAGCGCUUCUGCAAUGGUCCUCUUACUGCGAACACCGAAUACAAUAUGGUUGUCCGACUGUUCACCAGUUCAGGGUACAACGACGCUGCCCUGUUAGAGUUCAAAACUGAUGCGGCCAUUAAGGUAACCCUCAUUCUGGUCAGUGUCUGCAGUUGCCUGCUAUUAGCAUUUGUCCUUGGCUUGGUUCUCCUAUGGGUGCGUAAGCGCAUUGCCUGGCAUCGCGACUCAGGUCAAGGUAUAGAGGAUCCCUUUGGUAAUGUUAUAGCAAAGAACUUUGCCAUAUUCUAUGAGGAAGUUGCCAAACCUGAAAAACUGGCACGUGAAUUCAAGGAAAUCACCGUGGUAGCCCUAGAGCUCAGCUAUAGUGCUGCAGAGUUGGGUAGCAAUAAGAAUCGCUAUGCAGACAUAUAUCCCUAUGACAAGAAUCGAGUAAUAUUGGACAUAGAUACCGAGGGUUCUGACUACAUCAAUGCAUCUUUUAUCGACGGUCACACCACCAAAAAGGAGUAUAUCGCAACUCAGGGACCUAAGCUAGAGAGUAUAAUGGAUUUCUGGAGGAUGGUACUUCAGCAUAAUGUACGCAUUAUUGUUCAGGUCACACAAUUCCGGGAGGGCAAUACAGUCAAAUGCAACGAGUAUUUUCCAUAUAAAAUGCGCGGUCUGAGCGUCACCAUAAAAUCUAAAGAACAUUUUGAUAUCUAUGAUCGUACCGAGCUUUGUGUGGUUCACGAUAAAUACGGUCUAAAGGAGAAAGUGGUGCAUUUAUACUUCAAGAAGUGGCCCGAUCACGGCUGUCCCGACGAUCCCAUGCAUCUAAUCACAUUCGUAAAGAAAGUAAAGGCCGAAAAGCGUCCCAACUACUCACCCAUUGUGGUCCAUUGUAGCGCUGGAGUCGGGCGCACAGGAACAUUCAUUGGUCUGGAUUUGAUAAUGCAACGCCUGAAGAGCGAAUCGAAAAUCAACAUAUUCGAAACUGUGAAGAAACUGCGUUUUCAGCGCAUGAAAAUGGUGCAAACACAACAGCAGUAUACCUUCCUCUACGCCUGCACGUACGAACUGGUCAAGCACAAGAUUCCUCGGGCAGCCCUUAAGCUUGAGGGACGCAACAAGCCAAAUACACCGCCGCCAUCAAAUACCAAAAAGGUCAGUUUUCCAAUUGCGGAUGCUGCUGCCGUGCACGAUGUGCCAGAUCCAGAGUUGGGUAACGGCGAAAAUGGAACUACUACGUUGUCGUUACGAAUUAACGGUCUACGUAAGCAAAAGGAUUUGGGUUCGUUAAACGAGCAGCCUGAGCGUAACAGUAACGGUCGAUACGGAAGUGAGAAUGAGGAGGUAGCCAUUUGAUUAUAAUGAGCAUUUUGUGACAUGAUAUACUAAGUGUUUAUGUGUGUGUAUUUAUUGUAUUAUAUGUGUACAUAUGUUUACUAUUUAGCAACAAUAAUAGGCAAGUGCAUUGUACUGUGACAAUAAACAAAUAUAUUAUACAAUUUCA